CCCGCUCGGACUAUUCUCUCCUGAUUUCCACGCGUGGAUUGGGAAAGAGAGAGAGCGAAAGAAGGCAAGCGGAUUGAUUGACCUCCCUUCUUCUUCUUCCCUUCGCCAAUGGCCAUUUUCUUACUUCUGGGUUUGUGGAUGGUUUCCAUUUGGAAUUGGAUCCAACUGGGGGAAAGGAGGAGAUAAUUCCCCGGAGGCGCCUGAGAGCAAGGUGUUCUCUGCCAAGCCACAAGGAGGAGCCUGAAGCCAGACAUGAGAAGGCUGGAUUAAUCUCACGGAGAGCCUAGAGUGAGAUCUCUCUUUUCCCCCCUCUUGUUAUGUCCAAGAUCUGCACUUUACCUGGCCAUUACUUUGAGUUCCAAAGGACCAGGGACCUAGGAUGAGGAGGAGCGCUGGAUAUUCCUUGAACCUGCUUUUGUUAUUGCCACUUUUCUUUGUGUGGACGGCAGUGGCCCUGGACUUGGGGCAAUCUUCAUGCACAACAUUGGUCCAGGGCAAAUUCUUUGGGUAUUUCUCCUCGUUUGCUGUCUUCCCAUUGAACGCUUCCCGUUGCUCUUGGAUUAUCCAGAAUCCUGACCCAAGGAGAUAUACUUUGUACAUGAAGGUCUUGAAGCCCGCCGGGGUGUGUGACCACCAGCUGAUACGCACAUACCAGUUUGACUCGUUCUUGGAGUCAACACGGACGUACCUGGGCAUGGAGAGCUUCGAUGAUGUGCUGAACCUUUGUGACAGCUCCACCCGAUAUGCCUUCCUCCAGUCCAACAAGCAAUUCCUCCAGAUGAAACAGAUGGGGUCUCCCUUAGAAAGUGGCCCUGUCCGGUGGAAGCCCUUCAAAGUUCAGGAGAGAGAUUUCUCUGUGGAAUACCUGGUGGUGGGCAACCGAAGUCCAAGCAAAGCUGCCUGUCAGAUGUUGUGCAAAUGGCUGGAUACUUGUUUAACCACCAGCAGCAGCUCCCACCCAUGUGGCAUCAUGCAAACACCAUGUUCCUGCUCCAACGGGGAGGCAUUGGAUCAGCCCAGCGAGAUCCUUGGGAUAACCAAAAAGAAGGAUGGUUGUUUUAAGGGUGGGAUUUACCUGGAGAACUGCUUGAGCAGCCCCAAAGACAGCAGCGGGCUGGAUUUACUGGGUGGAUGGAACCCUUGGUCGAUGUGGGGAGAAUGCACUAGGGACUGUGGGGGAGGCCUCCAGACCCGAACCCGGACCUGUCAACCCCUUCCUGAAGAUGGCCUCAUCUGCGAAGGAGUCUUAGAAGAAGGGAGACUCUGCAACCGGAAAGCUUGUAACCCGAAUGGACAUUACAAUUCCCGGAGCCAAUCCCUGAGGUCCACCGACAACCGGAAGCGGGAUGAUACGGAUGAGUUCCAACAGUAUGGGUAUCCUGCUCCGCAAAUAGGUGAUCCAGCUGCUGAGGAGUGGUCUCCCUGGAGUGUGUGUUCAACCACCUGCGGGGAGGGCUGGCAGACCCGGACACGAUUCUGUGUCUCGUAUUCCUACAGCACCCAAUGCAGUGGACCCCUUCGAGAGCAACGGCAAUGCAACAACUCAGCUGUCUGUCCAGUACAUGGGGCAUGGGAUGAGUGGUCACCAUGGAGCUUGUGUUCAUCAACCUGUGGACGAGGAUACAGGGACCGCACUCGGACCUGCAAACCUCCUCAGUUUGGUGGAAAUCCUUGUGAGGGACCUGAGAAGCAAACCAAGUUCUGUAAUAUUGCACUUUGCCCAGUGGACGGCAACUGGAACGAGUGGUCCAGUUGGAGCUCCUGUUCCACCAGUUGCUCCAACGGGACCCAGCAGCGGACGAGAGAGUGCAAUGGACCAUCCUAUGGGGGAGCCGAGUGCCAAGGACACUGGGUGGAGACACGAGACUGCUUCCUUCGACAAUGCCCAGUGGAUGGAAAGUGGCAGGUAUGGGGUCCGUGGGGAAGCUGUACUGCCACGUGUGGAGGUGGGACACAGAAGCGGGAUCGGUCAUGCUACGGUCCUUUCUUUGGAGGAAGCGUGUGCCAAGGCACCAGAGAGGAGUUCAAGCAGUGCAACGAGAAAAGAUGUCCAGAGCCCCAUGAAAUCUGUGAUGAAGAUAGCUUUGCUUCUGUGAUCUGGAAGGAGACCCCUGCUGGAGAUGCUGCAGCCGUCCGAUGUCCCCGUAAUGCCACAGGUGCUGUCUUCACUGGACAUCUAAGCUUGGAAGAGGUGCCAGGAGAGCAGCUGGCCUAA